GACCCAAGAUGGCGGCGUGUGGACGUGUACGGAGGAUGUUCCGCUUGUCGGCGGCGCUGCAGCUGCUGCUGCUGGCGGCGGCUGGGGCCCAAAAACCACCCGUCCAGGGCGGCCACAGCCAAGGCCAGGGCGCCGGAGCCAACUUUGUGCCUUUCGCAGGGCAGGUUGGAGGCGGCGGGCCGGCGGGUCAGCCGCUAAUCCAGCUGCCUCCGUCAUCUCAGCUCCAGCAGCAGCAGCCGCAGCAGCAGCAGCAGCAGCAACAACAACCGCCUCAGCCGCCACAGCCGCCUUUCCAGGCUGGCGGGCCUCCGGCCCGGCGGGGCGGAGCGGGGCCCGGCGGGGCCAGCGGGGGCUGGAAGCUGGCGGAGGAAGAGUACUGCAGGGAGGACGUGACCCGUGUGUGUCCCAAGCACACCUGGAGCAACAACCUGGCGGUGCUCGAGUGCCUGCAGGACGUGAGGGAGCCUGAAAAUGAAAUUUCUUCAGAUUGUAAUCAUUUGUUAUGGAAUUAUAAGCUGAACCUAACUAAGGAUCCCAAAUUUGAAUCAGUGGCCAGAGAGGUUUGCAAAUCUACUUUAUCAGAGAUUAAAGAAUGUGCUGAUGAACCAGUAGGAAAAGGUUACUUGGUUUCCUGCUUGGUGGAUCACCGAGGCAACAUCACUGAGUACCAGUGUCACCAAUACAUCACCAAGAUGACGGCCAUCAUUUUCAGUGAUUACCGUCUCAUUUGUGGCUUCAUGGAUGACUGCAAAAAUGACAUCAACCUUCUGAAAUGUGGCAGCAUUCGGCUUGGAGAAAAGGAUGCACAUUCACAAGGUGAAGUGGUAUCAUGCCUGGAGAAAGGCCUGGUGAAGGAAGCAGAAGAAAGAGAUCCAAAGAUUCAAGUCUCUGAGCUCUGCAAGAAAGCCAUUCUCCGGGUGGCCGAGCUGUCCUCGGAUGACUUUCACUUAGACCGGCAUUUGUACUUCGCUUGCCGAGAUGAUCGGGAGCGUUUUUGUGAAAAUACACAAGCUGGUGAAGGCAGAGUAUAUAAGUGCCUCUUCAACCACAAAUUUGAAGAAUCCAUGAGUGAAAAGUGUCGAGAAGCACUAACAACCCGCCAAAAACUGAUUGCCCAGGAUUACAAGGUCAGUUAUUCUUUGGCCAAAUCCUGUAAGAGUGACUUAAAAAAAUACCGAUGCAAUGUAGAAAACCUUCCCCGGUCCCGGGAAGCCAGGCUCUCCUACCUUCUGAUGUGUCUGGAGUCAGCUGUGCAUAGAGGGCGACAGGUGAGCAGUGAGUGCCAGGGGGAGAUGUUGGAUUACCGACGCAUGUUGAUGGAAGACUUUUCUCUGAGCCCUGAGAUCAUCCUGAGCUGUCGGGGCGAGAUUGAACACCACUGUUCUGGGUUACAUCGAAAAGGGCGAACCCUGCAUUGUCUGAUGAAAGUAGUUCGAGGGGAGAAAGGGAACCUUGGAAUGAACUGCCAGCAGGCGCUUCAAACACUGAUUCAGGAGACUGACCCUGGUGCAGAUUACCGCAUUGACAGAGCUUUGAACGAGGCUUGUGAAUCUGUAAUACAGACCGCCUGCAAACACAUAAGAUCGGGAGACCCAAUGAUCCUCUCGUGCCUGAUGGAACAUUUAUACACAGAGAAAAUGGUAGAAGACUGUGAACACCGUCUGUUAGAGCUACAGUAUUUCAUCUCCCGAGAUUGGAAGCUGGACCCUGUCUUAUACCGAAAAUGCCAGGGAGAUGCAUCUCGUCUUUGCCACACCCACGGCUGGAAUGAAACCAGUGAACUUAUACCUCCUGGAGCUGUGUUCUCUUGCUUGUAUAGACACGCCUACCGCACUGAGGAACAAGGCAGAAGGCUCUCGCGGGAGUGCCGAGCUGAAGUCCAAAGGAUUCUGCACCAGCGUGCCAUGGACGUUAAGCUGGAUCCUGCACUCCAGGAUAAGUGCCUGAUUGAUCUGGGAAAAUGGUGCAGUGAAAAAACAGAGACUGGACAGGAGCUUGAGUGCCUCCAGGACCAUCUUGAUGACUUGGCUGUAGAGUGCAGAGACAUAGUCGGCAACCUCACUGAGUUGGAAUCUGAGGAUAUUCAAAUAGAAGCCUUGCUGAUGAGAGCCUGUGAGCCCAUAAUUCAGAACUUUUGCCACGAUGUGGCAGAUAACCAGAUAGACUCUGGGGACCUGAUGGAGUGUCUGAUACAGAACAAACACCAGAAGGACAUGAAUGAGAAGUGCGCCAUUGGAGUCACCCAUUUCCAACUGGUGCAAAUGAAGGAUUUUCGAUUCUCUUACAAGUUCAAAAUGGCCUGCAAAGAGGAUGUGUUGAAACUUUGCCCCAACAUAAAGAAGAAGGUGGACGUGGUGAUCUGCCUGAGCACCACCGUGCGCAAUGACACUCUACAGGAAGCCAAAGAACACAGGGUGUCCCUGAAGUGUCGCAAGCAGCUGCGGGUGGAGGAGCUGGAGAUGACAGAGGACAUCCGCCUGGAACCAGAUCUGUAUGAAGCCUGCAAGAGUGACAUCAAGAACUACUGUUCCACUGUGCAAUAUGGCAAUGCUCAGAUUAUUGAAUGUCUGAAAGAAAACAAGAAGCAGCUAAGUACCCGUUGCCACCAAAAGGUUUUUAAGCUGCAGGAGACAGAGAUGAUGGACCCAGAACUAGACUAUACACUCAUGAGAGUCUGCAAGCAGAUGAUAAAGAGAUUCUGUCCAGAAGCAGAUUCCAAAACCAUGUUGCAGUGCUUGAAGCAAAAUAAAAACAGUGAAUUGAUGGAUCCCAAAUGCAAACAGAUGAUAACGAAGCGCCAGAUCACCCAGAACACAGAUUACCGCCUAAACCCUGUGUUAAGGAAAGCCUGUAAAGCUGACAUUCCUAAAUUCUGUCAUGGUAUCCUGACAAAAGCCAAGGAGGAUUCGGAGCUAGAAGGUCAAGUCAUCUCUUGCCUCAAGCUGAGAUAUGCUGACCAGCGCCUCUCUUCAGACUGCGAAGACCAGAUCCGAAUUAUUAUCCAGGAGUCUGCUCUUGAUUACCGACUCGAUCCUCAGCUCCAGCUACACUGCUCAGAUGAGAUCUCCAAUCUAUGUGCCGAGGAAGCAGCAGCCCAAGAGCAGACAGGCCAAGUGGAAGAGUGUCUCAAAGUUAACCUGCUCAAAAUCAAAACAGAAUUGUGCAAAAAGGAGGUGUUAAACAUGCUGAAGGAAAGCAAGGCAGACAUCUUUGUGGACCCAGUUCUUCAUACAGCUUGUGCCCUGGACAUUAAACACCAUUGUGCAGCCAUCACCCCCGGUCGAGGGCGUCAAAUGUCCUGCCUCAUGGAGGCCCUGGAGGAUAAGCGGGUGAGAUUACAACCUGAGUGCAAAAAACGCCUCAAUGAUCGGAUUGAAAUGUGGAGUUAUGCAGCAAAGGUGGCCCCAGCGGAUGGCUUCUCAGACCUCGCCAUGCAAGUGAUGACAUCCCCGUCAAAGAACUACAUUCUCUCUGUGAUCAGUGGGAGCAUCUGUAUAUUGUUCCUGAUUGGCCUGAUGUGUGGACGUAUCACCAAACGAGUGACACGAGAGCUCAAGGACAGGUAGAGCCACGUUGACCACCGGAGGAACUACCUGUUCAGUGCCCAGUUUGUACAGCCCUCCUGUAUAGCAUACCCACUCACCUUGUUCUCUGCAGAGGUGCCUCCAACACCCGUGUUAGAGCAGCAGCAGGUCUCCACUGCAUUGUCCCAUCUCGGACUCCGCCCGUCUCGUGUCCCUCUCCUUUCGACCAUUUGCGCAGCAUCAGCAGCUGGCCGCUUUCGUUACCGCCUUGUUGGCAAACCUGGGUUUACCUGCUUGUAGACAAGUCUCUCUCAUACCAAUGGAACUACCGGUACUUCCAGAACCAACUCACCUGACCUGCAACUCAAAUGAUUUUUUUAAAAAAACACCAAAAAAAAAAAAAAAAGGAAGAAAGAAAUUUUUAAAGAAAGAAAAAAAAAUGUAUAUAGUAACACAUCUCCUCCAGGCUUGAUUUGGGCAGCGGGGUUAUUUCUUCUGUGUGACUGUGUAAAAUGAAGAUAGGACAUUAAAGGGGAAACACACCACCCAAUAUGCUAUAACUGAGAUGUCUUGCUCAUUUCUCAAAAGCACCUUUGGGCCAUGUCAGGGCCAUGGACUUGACCAAGUGGUGGGGAACCACUAACCAGCCUGCUUUGGGACCUUUUUUCUUCUGCUGAAACAGUUACGCCUUCCAGUUUCCACCCUGUAGAGCCACUGCCGGCCAAGACCCCCCCGGGCCAUGGGCAUUUCUGUGAUCUCCUCACCUCAGUGGAGUAAAGCAUGAGCCUCCAUAGGCCAAGGGCACGUGGACUGGGGAGAGGAUCAAAAAUCUUUGUGCUGAUCUGUACCGAGAGUUUGGACUUUGAGACCCCAGGCAGCAGAAU